AUGAUAAGCGAAUUUGAAAAUUUGUCUCUUGGAGGUAGUAAUGCAGCAAGUAGUCAUGCAGACCCUUUCACACAUUCUGAGCUAACGACUGAACAGCAGAAGACUUUAAUUGAUAUAAGGAGACGAAAGACAGAAUUACUGCUGGAGAUUCAGUUGUCACGGUGCCAAACUGUAGUGGCGCUCGCGCAUGUCUUCAGUCGAUUACGUUCCUUAGCGGGAAGUGUAUGGCGCGCGAUGUGUUUACACGUUCGCCUAAUCUGCGAGGCGCUAUGGUGGCCGGUGUUGUUGCGUUGUGCCCGCGCAACGCACAACUAUGACGACGACUACGACCAGGUAAUUCCGCAAUUAGGGUACCGAUGUCGCUUCAUGCACCGCAAACUAUCAGCUUCAUCUAUAUUUGGCAGUUACCUGACCGCUUGUGAAGUUAUGUUUAUCAAAGCCGGGCCCGUGGCCGCCGAAGAAGAGCGCCGCGGCUCUGUCUCGAAUUGGUUCUCUUCUCUGAGACGCGGGGGCCGGCGUAAACGCGAGGACAAUGGUGUUCCGUCGAAUUACGGUUCUUUGGGGAGACGUAAGGAUGGGACGCAGCCGCGCGGCAAAACGAGAUCUGCGUGGGACUUGACCACAGUCACAAGAAUGCAACUCAAAGAUGAACUCGGCGAAGUCGUGGCCGAGCUGGAAGCUCUGGACGGACAAGAGGAGUGCAAACAGAAUAGCAAGGCCAAACAGAUGAGCAUAGGGCGAAAGAAGUUCAACAUGGAUCCUAAAAAAGGUAUAGAGUAUUUAUACGAGAACGGAUUACUACAAAGGACACCGGAGGACGUAGCGCAAUUUCUACACAAAGGCGAGGGCCUGAGCAAAACCGCGAUAGGCGAUUACCUGGGCGAGCGCUCCGAGUUCAAUGAGGCGGUACUAAGGGCAUUCGUCGAACUCCACGACUUCACAGACUUGAUACUAGUUCAGGCGUUAAGGCAAUUCUUAUGGAGUUUCCGUCUCCCUGGCGAGGCGCAAAAGAUAGAUCGCAUGAUGGAGAGCUUCGCGCAGCGCUAUUGCCAACUGAACCCCGACAUCUUUACGAAUGCGGAUACGUGCUACGUGCUCAGUUUCGCCAUAAUUAUGCUGAAUACGUCGCUACAUAACCCCAGCGUGAAGGACAAGCCGUCGCCGGAGCAGUUCGUCGCGAUGAACCGGGGUAUCAACAAUGGUGGCGAUCUACCUCAGGAGUUGCUCCUGUCCUUAUACGAGUCUAUAAAGACGGAGCCUUUCAAGAUCCCUGAAGACGACGGCAAUGAUCUCAUGCAUACCUUCUUCAACCCCGACAAGGAGGGAUGGCUCUGGAAGCAGGGCGGAAGGUAUAAGUCGUGGAAGAGACGAUGGUUCAUAUUGAACGACAACUGCCUAUAUUACUUCGAGUACACAACGGAUAAGGAACCACGAGGCAUCAUUCCGUUAGAAAACAUAUCUGUCCGUCCAGCAAGUGAUCGUCAGCGGCCGCACUGCUUAGAGUUAUACGCGAGCGGCGGAGCGGACUUAAUCAAAGCGUGCAAGACAGACUCUGAAGGAAAAGUUGUUGAGGGAAAACAUACUGUUUAUAGAAUGUCAGCAUCAACAGCAGAGGAACGCGACGAAUGGAUCGAGUGUUUGCGUCGCUCCAUAAGUCAUAACCCGUUCUACGACAUGUUAGCGCAGAGGAAGAAGAAAGCGCAGCACAGUGUACACUCUGCGCAUUAG